UCCUGAUAUCUCAGAUGACAUGGAGGGAGGAAGGGAGGUAUUUACAGACGAGUGGUUAAAGUUCUCAAAUUUUGGUCUCCUCAAAUACGCGUGCACAUUUACUGCUGAACCACGAAACUACUAUCAAAAUUCCGAUUGUUCUUAUAGUUGUAAAACUAAUUAUGAAAUUAGUGUUAUAAAAACAUACGUUGCAGUUUCAUAUAUUUACUUUUUUUGUAGUUUAAGCACGUGUAUGAAAAAAGGAAAGCUUGACAACUAGUAUUAGUCUACAGCAUAUAACAUCGGAUCGAUAUAUUAACACAGUCCAAGUCACCAACCCAAAUAUGUGUGUGGUUUACAAAUAGAAGGAACAUGACUUUCUGCAACUCUAAUAACAACACAAGAUUUACAACAAGAUACCAAUAUGAUUGGAAAAAUUACAAGAAACCCAAAGAUAUGUGCUCAUCUGCUCUAUCUAUGGGGUAUAGUCAAACUACUCAAGAUCUCGUAAAAGCUUUGAUGGAUGAAGCUAAGCUUUCAGUGCGUUUACAAGAAGGAGUAACAAAGUGCAUGAAAGAUGGUAGAAGUUUAUUUUGUGCUAACCUUCAAGAACAUAAUUUGUCAAGAUAUAAAAGAAACAAGAACCCAGUGAUUCGUACACCUAAAGACUGCUUACGUAACACUAUCAGUUGUGGACUGAGAUCUAGAAAAUCAAUUGAAGAAUCUGGUGCAUAUGAACGAGAAAAAUUUAAGCCAAGUCCAUCCCUAGUGAGACCACCUAAAGAAAAAGAAAGAUUUCAAAAUCUUAUGGCUUAUGGCAUAGAACAAGAACCUGAAAAAAAUCCAAAUAGUUUAAAAUUGGAAACAAUGAAAGGAAGAGCAAAUAUUAAAGAAGACAUAUUUGAUGAAGUGCUAAAUGAAAUAAUGGAAAGAAGAAAGUUUUUAGAAGACAUGAAACAACUUGGUCAUGAGAAAUAUUAUUCUGACAUGAUACAGUUUCAGAUUUCACAGAAAAUUAAAGAGCUUGAAGCUAUUGAUCAAAAAAGGAUGAAAGAGCUUGGAAACAUCAUGUCAAAAGGAAGUCUGUAGCAGUGGAAAUUAUUAAAAAAACUUUGUGGUAGUACAAGAUUACUUUCUCAUCCAUCCUUGUAACUUUUUCAUAAUUAUCAGUAGAUAAAAUAAUAUUAAGGACUUAGUAAAAAAUAAAUAAGAAAUGCUGUAUUUGAGCUUCUUCUGUAAAAUAGAUUAAUUUAUAUUUUAGAUUGUUAAUGGCAGUAUUAUGAUAAAACUUGUCCUCACCAUAUUGUUUUAAAGUAAAAUUUAUUUUUGAAAGCUAAAGUUAAGAUUUUCCAUUUUAUUAAAAAAAAUUUAAACAAUGAUUUUUACUUGACUGUGUUUUGCGAGUAUUGCACUUUAAAAACUUUGAAAUUUUAUUUUGUAUUUAUGAGGUGCUGAAUAUUCCAGAUCUAGGUUUGGAGGUGUCAAGUUUAAUAAACUCUACAAAGUUAAUUUAAUCUAUUA